UCUCCUCGAAAAGAAUUUGACAGCGAUUUUGCUGACAGCGGGGAUUUUGGCGCAUCGCGCGGAGAGGGAAGGGGGGGGGGGCGAAGAAAAAAAAAAUGAAAUAAAAAAUUAUUAAAAAAAAAAAAAAAAAAAGGAGGAGAGAGAGCCCCGAGGGCGGCGCACAGCGAGGCCGUGCCCCAGAUGGAAUUUUGUGACUUGCUGGAUUCUGAAUAGGGCGAGGAGAUGUGUCUGAUAAGAUACAUCACUUUGAAAUCACAGAAUGAAAGCAGCAUGAAAUGUUAUGGAGGAGACGGCACAGCAAGAUACAGUAGUGUCACAAAUAAUCAAAAAUCAGGUGCCUGGCGCGCUGAACCUGUUACCGGUCUGUAUAGGAUUUGCGCGGUGGUCCAUUUUUUGAAGAUGUGAAGCAACGCUGAGUCUGCGAUCGGAAUUACUGACAGACUGGAGGAAAUCUUAGUCCUUGUGAUGCACACGGACAUGCUGAACUAUAAGUAAUCCUAGCUUCUCUUCCCCUCCCCUCCCCUCCCUCACUAGCUAUCUCAGGGUUCAUAGAGAUUUCAAUGGUUCGCGUGCCUGUAAGUUUGGAACAGAAGUGACCAAAAAUGGGGGACCAGCAAUUGUAUAAAACUAACCAUGCUGCCAACAGCAAUGAGAACUUGUACUACCAACAGCACCAAAUGAACUCCCUUCCAUCGCUAAACCAUAGUUACGGGACAUCUGUUAUGGAUGCUCCCCAGGCGUCCCCUCUCUCCCCCCAGUUUCCCCAAGAUUCAAGAGACAGUAUAGCUUUGCCUGUAGGUUCAAAAAGUCUUGGGUCAGUGGAUACACCUAGGCAAACAUGGACGCACUCUGGCUCAGGAAACCAUGUCCCACCGAGGAACAAUUUGAGUAAUCAAAGCGCAAUGUGGAGCCCCCUCGGGCAGGGGGAGUCUCACGAUGGAUACCAAUAUUCUUAUUCUCAACCCAGCGAAAACCGGUCGCAAAAAAUUACCAGUGGGGUCCUGCAUAAAUUGGACUCCUUUACGCAAGUAUUUGCUAACCAAAAUCUGAGAAUUCAAGUCAACAACAUGGCUCAGGUUUUGCACACCGAGUCUACGAUGGUGGAUAAUUCUGGGGACAGCGCGCUCAGGCAGCUGCUGUCCCAGAAGCCAGCGGUUGAGCAACAGCCUGUAACUUCCAGUGUACAAAGAUAUCAACCAGUGCCACAGCAAACGCACCAGAAUUUUGCAAGCACACAGCAAAAGCAGCAAAUGCAAGUCAUGCAGCACCAACAGUUGUACUACGACUACCAGCAGCAUUUAUCACAGAUGCAGAUGCAUUCCGCCUUUCAGCAAGGGCAGACGCACGUCCAGCAGGUGCAGUCCCAGCAGCUCUUACCGCAACAGAUGCAGCACUUGCAGCAGGCUCAAUACUACGCUCAGCCGCAGCAGGGGCAUCAGCGGCUCUCGAUACAGGAGAUCCAGCAGCAGCAGCCACAGCCAACUCGGCAGCAGCAGCAGAGGCAGUGCCCGAUGCAAAUAGCUCAGUAUUACCAAACACAACCUGUCAUGCAGCAGCUACAGCAACAGCAGCAACAGAUGCAACUGCAGCUUCCUCCGUAUCACCGGGAACCCGAUCCAAAGGCUAUGCACGAACCCCACCAGUACCCUCAGGACCCGAGUCACCCUGUGCAGCUCAUCCAGUUGGGAGCGGUGCCUCAGUAUUGCUACCAGGACCCCCACGAGCAGUACAGGCACUUGUACCCGCAGGGUUUGCUGCAGCAGCAGCACGACCAGCAGAAGCAAUACCCGAGUGAGAGCAGAGCUCCCUCUCUCAACUCCCACGUCGGCCUCACGCCGCCAGAGACAGCAGAGGAUCCCGUGCGGCCAGAGAUCAACUCUGUGGGUAACGCUGUCCCUCAUCGAACUCUUUUGCCACCCUCAGGAGCUCAUCUGAACAACAAAAGCUCUCAGCAGGACUCGCCCAGCGCUGGGUGGCCUCAGCAGGUACAAUUGUCAGAUGGCAGACUGCAGCCGCUGUCACCAGAACAAAGUGGCCAGAACAGAGAAACACUUCCUGAGAGAGCUGAUGUGAAGAACAAGCUAACAUGUUCAAUAUGCUUGAAGGAGUUUAAGAGUUUGCCUGCUCUAAAUGGUCACAUGAGAUCUCAUGGAGGAGUACGAGCAUCUCCUAACUUCAAACAGGAUGAAGGAGAGAAACCACCACAGCAGCCGCUGCCUAAAGAGGUGGAUAGCCUCGCGCCCAUCAUCAUGCCAGUGUCUGUCCCUGUAAAGCUUCUGUCACCUGAGCCCAGCACGCAGCCCUCUGCCAGCACUGCCACAGUCAAAGACAAGCCUGCCAACUCUGUGUCAGAUGAUGAGAUGCCCGUUCUCGUGAAGAUGACUUACUCUCCACCGUGCAGUCCAAAAGUGGCCAACCCCUGCUCGUCCUCUGAAAUCAGCAAAAAACCUCAUCAAAGUGCUGCAAAAUUGGAAGAAAACUUAAAACCAUUGCAGGACAAGAAGAAGUAUCGGCACAGACCCGAACCUCUCUUCAUACCUCCCCCUUCCUUCAACUUCAGCAUGUCCCACUCCGGCGCCAUGCUGUACCAGAGUCAGCUUCGCUCUCCCCGCGUCCUCGGAGAUCAUCUGCUGGACCGGCCGCAUGAGCUGCCCCCCUACACUCCGCCGCCGAUGCUUAGUCCCGUUCGGCAAGGGUCUGGGCUCUUCAGCAGUGUCAUCACGUCAUCUCAUAGCACCUCGCACACCCAGCUGCCGCUUACUCCGCUCACACCCACUCCACGGGUGCUCCUGUGUCGGUCCAAUAGUAUUGAUGGAAGUGUCAUUCCAGUGACGCCUGGGCCUGGAGAACAGACUGUUGAACCGCGAAUUAAUAUUGGGUCCAGGUUCCAGGCUGAUAUUCCUGAGCUGCAGGACAGGUUGCUAAUGGACAAAGAUGUGCACAAGGCUACUUUGGUUUGGAAACCAUGGCCAGAACUGGAGAACAAAGUCUUCCAACAAAGGGUGGAAGACCUCUUAAAUAUGAGUUGUUCCAGUGUGUUACCUGGUGGAGGAACUAACUCGGAAUAUGCUUUGCACUCCCUCUUUGAGGCAAAAGGAGAUAUUAUGGUUACUCUUGAGAAGCUGCUGUUGAGGAAGCCAGUGAGAUUGAAGUGUCAUCCUUUGGCAAACUACCACUACGCCGGCUCUGACAAAUGGACGCAUCAAGAAAGGAGGCUGUUCAAAGAGGCAUUGUCCACCUACAGCAAAGAUUUUAUAUUUGUACAGAAAAUGGUUAAGUCUAAGACGGUUGCACAAUGUGUGGAAUACUACUAUACCUGGAAGAAAAUCCUGCGGUUGGGACGGAAACACAGAACACGUUUAGAGAAAAAAAGAGAGGAAUGCAUGACAAGCGGAGAAGAGGAGGUGUUAGAAGAAGAUGAGGAGAUUGAAGAAGACAGAAAGGAAGAAAGGGAAAUGCAGAAGUCUCCUGACCCACCAGCUAUCCCUCUCGUAGGACCUAUAGACCUGCCUGCCCUUCAGAGUCUUUCACUUUCUUCAUCCUCCUUCAUCUGUGAAAUGCCAAACUGCGGCGCUGUGUUCAGUUCCCGACAAGCGCUAAAUGGCCACGCUCGCAUCCAUGGAGGUACAAACCAGGUGACAAAACCACGAUGCACUAUUCCAGGCACUAAGCAGAAAUCUGGUACGCAGAGCGGAUACUGCUCCAUCAAGAGUUCACCUGCCCACAGCACGACGAGUGGUGAGACCGACCCAACAACGAUCUUUCCUUGUAAGGAGUGUGGCAAAGUAUUUUUCAAAAUCAAAAGCCGCAAUGCUCAUAUGAAGACCCACAGACAACAAGAAGAACAGCAAAGGCAGAAGGCUCAGAAAGCUGCAGUGGCAGCAGAAAUGGCAGCUACUAUUGCGAGAACUACUGGGCCAGUUGGGCAUAGUUUGAUCCCUCUGGAUCAUAUGAGUUUGGUUAAACACGUUGAAAAUGUUGGUGACAUUGAAGACGAUGUUGUUCAGGAGUUAGGUGAUGUCAUGGAAGAGAAUGAAGUCAUGGAUGCUGACCUUUUAUUAGAUGAUGAAGAUGCAGAUCUACUGCAGGAUGAUGCUGAGUUGUAAAUAAAGUUGUUUGAUAAAGACAGCUACUGAGCACACCCUGAAUGCAUCAAUCAGGAAACCUGGACUGUUCGUUUAUUCCCCACUGAUUGUAAACUACCUGUUGAAAAAUAAUUCUUUUAUCCAGGUCUAGAAAAGAAAUCUGCUUUUUUUUCCCUUUUUUAUUAAUUUGUGUUUUGGGGGGAAAAAUAAAUAAUUGGUACAAAUAUUCUUACAAGGUGUUUUUAUCUGGGCUUAUUUUGCUGGUAUCUUCCAAGGCCGCUAAUUAGAGAAGUUCACAGUUCUGCUGUCAUUUCCCUCCAGACACUCACAGUGGGAUCUUUAGUCUUUAACCCUUCCAAGUUUCACUUUACCCCAAUUACAAGAAUAUCUUUGCACACUUCUGGUGGAAUAUUUUUCUUGCCUGCACUGGAUCACUUCCAGCAUCUUCUAGAAGCUAACUGUCUCCUCUGUUAAGGAGAUGGUUACGUUCUUUUUCUUUGUGCAGUCAUUUCAAGGGAGGUAGAGGAAAAAAAAAUCUUCUUAACUGUGAAGCAAAUACAGGAGUGACUGUAUCAUCUGUAGUAUCACAGUACCUUUUCAGUUCUGUCUUGCCUUAAUGCAUACAUGUUAGUCAGUUCAUAAAAGCUACGGUUACUUUGUACGUUUUAGAGCUUCCUUUUUAACAAGGUUUUGAUCUGCUGAUUUUAAAAUGACCUAAUCCAAGGGUUGAAGAAAGACGAUUGUGCUGUGGUUCACAUCAUCUGAUGGGAACACCGAAUCAGAGCACUACCUUGGUAAUCAGAUUGCACUGGAAAUAUAUUUUGCUGUGACAAUAAAUCACACUGUUGAAUAGCCAUCUCAGUGGUGUUAGGAACAUAUGCUCGAGCAGUGCAGCAGCUUAUUCUUACUGGGCAAAUACGAGGAGACGUUCCUGCCUGUGGAAGAGACUGAUGGAGUAUAUGCCUUCAGCAUAUGUUAGUUAGUAUUCCUGCGCAUGAAAUGUUGCUCAUGUGCCACUUUCAGUCUUCCUCAUUGCAUCAAAUUUAAAUGCUGUUUAUUUAGUAAAACACACUCCCAAGGUGAGAAGAUGUUGCUGUUUGUUUACUGUUUCUCCUCCCCUAGGCUCAGAUUUACAUGCCAGAUGUCUAACUCCAUUUCUAUAAAUUUGAAUUUGGUUCUCUAAAUGAGAUCUGAAAAUAAUCAUACCUUGCAGAAUCUUGGGCAAAUCUAGAACCUCUGGAAGAAAUGGAGUUAGGCUGACUGGACCUUUAAGUACAGAAAAGGAGUACUGAUUUUAGAGCUUUCACAGCAAGUAGCACUGAUUUUCUUGUGAAUCUCACACAGUAGAGAGUACUACUAAUUUUAUAAAAUAUUUUUUAAGACCAAUUUCAGAUCUUCCAGUUUCCAAUUUUUUAUGGGUUGGGUUUUGUUUUUUGUUGAGGUCUUUUUGUCACAUUCCUAAUAUUUUAAGAAGACUGAGAGAUGGAGGAUCUUAUUUUCUACUGUCUUUUUUUUUUGUGUAACUAUGCAAAAUAAGGGUAAACCACAAUACUUUUGUAUAGGAGUACUGGACCACAAUUUCAAAACCAGUGGGACUCGCUGGCAGAGAGGUGACUUCUCUGUCAAAGCCAAAUACGUGAAGCCAAAAGACCUGAACUUUUUACUUCAGGUCAAGUGUUCUGAUAAUAAAGAACAGCCCUUCAGGAGAAUGGCAGUCACUUCUCAGUUUCAGGUUAGUGAAUUUCCUGUGUAUGUGGUUUUAGUGUUUUGAGGGUUGUUUCAGAGACUUUUUGGUUAUUUUUGACCAAUGGGUAGAAUUUUGCUCCCUCUCAUACAGAAAGGACAAUGUUCUCAAUCGCUGUACCUGUGAGUUUCAGGAGAUCAGGCAGCAGCCUUCUUUCCUUUCCUGAGCUGCCAGUCAGCACACUCCUGCUCAGUUCCAGUCCACGCUGUGACACAUCACUGUUUGCAGGGCCCACGUAGCCCAAGUUCAACUGGGUGCUGCCAACUAUAUCCACAGAUGGCACAUUUUGUAGGGUGCACGAGUCUUAGUGUUAGCUAAGUGGGGGCUUUUGUGAGCUGUAACUUGAGUUGGCCUGUGGCUCAAACACUCCAGCAGUCUACUCUUUCUCUUCCAAACCUGUAUGCUUUUGAACUUCAAGGAGGUUUCUGAGAAAAGCUGCCAUGCUGGCAGAAUGGAAACAUUUCCCCACUGCCCUGCUGGUGGUGGGAAGCAAACCAAGUGUCUCAGCAAGUGACAACUGAAGUCAGUGAGAGUUCUGCUUGAAGAACAGAGUGAAGUGCAGUAAAACUUGUGGACUGGAUUCUGAAAAGCAGCUCUGUGUCAAAGAAACUACAGCGGAUCUUUUCUAGCAACAAUUGGACAGGUAUCUGUGCUAAACCCAGUCUAUACAUAAAUACAUACAUAUAUAUGCCUGGUUCUGUAAUACUAAUCAGGUGCUGUUUUAUUCUACAGCCAAGAAGAUGAUAGAACAACAAUAACCAAAGAAGUUAUUCAUAAAGAAAAAAAUGCUUAUGUCUUACACAGUACACAAUUUAGGCCUCGAACAUUGACUUCUUUAAGUGUUGCAUUGGCUGAUGUGAAACAGAUGCUGUUCUGCCUAUUUGUACAUAAAUCGGACAGUUUUAUUUCAGGGAAGUUGUUUUCUUACCGAUGGUUGAUGAUGGAAAACUGUUCACUAUUGAACUUGGUCCUCUUUGCUAAAACCUGUACAUACAGAAAACAUAUUUUAUGAGAAAAAUCUUAUUUUCAAUAUUUAACUGUUAUUUUAUUAGAAGAUGGUUGUAAAUAUUUUAGGUGCUUUAGUGUAAAAAGCAGACUGUUAAUUUUAGGUGGCAGAGGAAGUAACAAAAUAAAAAUAUAUAUAUAUGUAUUUUA